AUGAGUAGCCGUGAUGCUUGGGUGCCGAUUGCUGCGGCUACACUAAAGGUACCAACAAGAACAUCGGAGCGUCAAGAUAUAUUUGUUCUUGUAGGAAAGACGGUGAGAGUGUUUGCUGAAGAGCGAGAGAGACGCAACGCAGCUGUACGAGAAUCGCCUCCAGGUGCAGACGUUGUUGAGUCUUCACAGUCAUGGUGGGGCCAGUGGUGGGCAAGUUCUGGAGAAGGGGGUGACGCCAUAUCAAAAAUGUGGCUGUAUGGCAGCACAGCCGCACUCAUGGGCUUAAUAACUCUUUUGUAUAAGAAUGUUGAUAAAUUAAAGACAUUGGUGUGGAAAACGAAAACAUGCGAAACUAAGAUUGUCAAAAGCAAACCAUCUGCAGAAAAAAUCAAGCUCUGCAUUUGCAAAGAUUAAACUAACAACUGGCGACAACAUUUUAAUAAUAAAUAUAAUAUGUUUAAUUUA